AUUUACAGUUGCUUAUUGAAAACUGGCCUUUUCAAAAGAAUUCCGAGCAUGAGUGGAAUAAUGGCGCGCUCUCUCAUUCUGAUCACCACAGUUGUGGAAGAACAGGAGGCACAUUAUAUGAACAGAUGGUGUGUUCUCAGCCUCAGUAUUCCAAUAUCUGUAUGCCAUGUCAUUUGAUUUAACUCUUCUACACAAGAAUAUGUGCAAGGAUAAUGCAGCUAUCAAUUGCUGUUGACAAUCAUGAGUAUCAGUUAAACCUAUAUAUAUAUAUAUAUAUAUGACAUUAACCUGUUAUAGGCAACACAUCACACAGUAGCAGAACUAUUUAAAAUGCUCAGAUGUCCUGUUUGCCAUUCAGUAUGCCAUUCAGCUCUGCAGGUUUUGCAUAAUUAGAUGUUUACUGUGACCACCAUGCUUAUAUGUACAUGCGAAUAGAAAUUAAUCAGCGCUUGAGUAUAUAAACAUGGGUCGGCAGAUUUAGAUGCUACAGCUAAACCAAUUAACUGACGGUUAUGUUUGUUUAGGUUUUUAUAAACAGAAACUUAGUCGGGUACUUUGGCAGUGCUGAACAUUUUAUUGGUUCUACCGUGUGAGCUAACAUCCGGCAUGAGAUAUUUCAGAACAAGACAACAUUCUUUAUUCAUAGUAGUUAUAUUUGUUAACUUUUUGUCAAACAUAUGGUUGUUUAACAAAAUACAUGAGACAAAAUAUUCAACAAAUGAAACUGAUGAGAUUAAAUGGAAAUGGGUUUGUCAUCAGACUCAGUGAAAAGAGUAAAGUAUCUAGGUAAUUUAAUAUUUGUCCUAUUAUUUCUGGUUCCUUAAAUUAAGAUGAAUAUGUUUCAUGCUUUGUAAAUGCUGAUAGUUGUUUAUUUGAUGGGCACCAUUAUAAUGCUGAUAGUUUUAACCUUAAUUACCAUGUUAACUGUAGCCAUGUCCAUAAGGGCAGAAGAAUAAAUAACUAAAGAGUUACCGUUAAAGUACUGUAGCUUUGCUAUCUUUAAGUACAGAGACUGAUCUCAUAAACAUAGAGCAAAUAGUUCUAGUUCCUUUACUCAGGUCCCAGAGCGGUAAACAAAUCAAAAACAAGGAACUGUUUAUGAAUCCCGUUUCUAUAUUUGGAAGUUUCUGCCCCUCGUACGGGCACUGAGAGCACGCCAAUUUAAAGGCUGUAUUCGAGCACACAGAUUUUGAGGUGGUUGUGAUACAUAGAUAUAUUAGGCUAUUGCGUCCUUGGUGUGUUAAUAAACCGUACAUAAAUUCAUUCAUAAAGACUACUUUUUUACCCUGUCAGGAUUUUGACGACACAGAAAUAACAUUUUAGUGUAAUACAAUCGCUGGAUUAAUGCUUUGCUUGAUGCUCAUAAAGAUAAAAUUCAUAUAAACUGUAAUUGCAUUUAGCCAUGGUAAGUGAGUGGUCCUGAAAAAAAUUAUCCUUUUCAGUGUAGCUUCGAGCGGAUCCACUCACACACCCACACCCGCCGUCUAGAGUGUAAACAAAGAACUCUUUACACUGUAACCCAAGUUUGGCUGCUGCCACGUUGAGGGUUUGAAAAGGGCUGUUAUAUCAGUAAACAGUCCUAUUCACAGUGCAAGCGAGCGCGCUGGCUGUGCACGUUCAGUUAGAUCGCCGGUGCAUCCUGAAUAAGAAGGAAAUACAAUGCGUCGAGCAGGCUAUCGAUACAAAUCUUUCUGACACAUAGGCAAAACUGGUUCUUCAGGUGCAAACCUGAGAACUGGAACAGUACAGACAUCGGUAGAAUAGUUUGGACCACAAGAAAAGUUUGUUGUCUCUCUCGGGUGUUGAAAAGAAAGGGGAAAGAUCGCGUGGGGGUCAGGAAAACGCAUUUAUUUGGAUAUAUGGAAAUUUUCUCUGUUUGGGCAAAGAGGAAAUCACACAGAACCGCAAGCAUACCCGCGAGCCAGAAGGGUUUGUACCGACAAAAACAAUGUUGUCCUGGAGUCUCGCGGAAUUCGUACCUGCAAGUGUUUAUUCUUGCACUGAUUUGUAUACUUUUCCUAAUCGUGCUGAGUAUGUUCAAUCUGCCUAUACCUGCGGUGAACGUGCCCAAUCCCUCCGACACGCGAGCCGGCAGGAGAGCCUCCGGCGUCACUCUCCUCAUCUGGUGGCCGCCCUUCGGAAACAGAAACCCUCUGCCCGACUGCGCUUCAAGAUAUGGCAUACAGGGCUGCAAUGUCACGUCAGACAGGCGCGCAUAUGCACAUGCUGAUGCAGUCAUCAUCCACAACCGCGAGCUGAUGAACAACUGGAACGGGCUUCCGCAAAUGCAGCGCCCACCAUCCCAAAAAUGGAUCUGGAUGAACUUUGAAUCCCCAUCUCAUUCUGGCUGGCUGGACGGCCUCGAUGGUAUUUUCAACCUCACCAUGUCCUACCGCGUAGACUCCGAUAUCUUCUUGCCAUACGGCUACCUCCAGCGGCAUCGCCGGUAUGGGCUGCGUGUGGACAACAAGGCCUUGCUGCGUCGCAAGCGCGGGCUGGUGGCGUGGGUGGUCAGUAACUGGGGCGAACAGCAAGACAGGGUGCGCUUCUACUGGAGGCUGCGCCGCUACAUCCACGUGGACGUGUACGGGCAUCAGGCCCGGCAGCUGCUGAACAACAGCGUUGUGCAGACCGUGUCCAGCUACAAGUUCUACCUGGCCUUUGAGAACUCGAUUCAUACGGACUACAUCACGGAGAAACUCUGGCGGAACGCCCUGGUGUCCGGGACUGUGCCAGUGGUCCUGGGUCCGCCGCGGGAGAAUUACGAACUCUUCCUACCCGCGGAUGCUUUCAUCCAUGUCGAUGACUUUAAGGGGCCCCGAGCCCUCGCCGCCUACCUCCUGCACCUCGCCCGUAAUCCCACCCAAUAUCGUCGCUACUUGGCGUGGAGGGGGGACUACAGUGUGCAUGUGACUUCAUUCUGGUCAGAGCACUACUGUUCCGCGUGCCAAUCUGUGCAACAGAGUCAAAACCAAAACAAAACCAUUAAACACCUUGCAUUCUGGUUCCAGUCCUGAGUGUGGGGUGUUCCCUUUGGAAUUCAUUGGGUCAGAUAUAAAGGAAUAUGAAGCAUUUCAUGGUUUUCACCAUAGUCUAUUACCAAGACAGAGUUAUUUCACGAAAGUGAAUCAUGAGGGGAAGUUAUCAUGUGAUAAAUGCAGUGCAAUGCCACACACACGAAAACAGGAUCUUGCUCGAUGUUUCUACUCAGAUUGAGGGUGGAGUGUGGGUCUUUAAAUUCCGUCAAAAGUUGACAGCAGUGUAGCUGUGAGUUUGCUUCAGCCAAUGGAGGUGAAGAUAGCACAGUCAUUCUUUCAGUUUGCCCAAAGUGCUUUACAGUGUUUAGAAAUUAUUAAGUAACUAAGCUGUUCCAUUAUGUUUUCACACUUGUUCUAAAUGACUGCCACUUUAAUAUAAUCUCUAAUGGUGUCUGGCUCUCUGAAGAUAACGGAUAGUGCGCUUAGUUUAAAUGCCCCGGGGUUUCAUUUAUGAGUUAUUUGUGAAAACUGGGUUGGCUCUCCACUCUAAGGAAUUCAUCAUACAGUUUAAGAGCUGUAAUUACAGGAGAAAAUGAUUUGGAUCUCUUUCUGGGAUUAUCAGUUUUGUCUCAUGCUGCGAUGGUAACAACAUCAGAUUAUUUCAAAGUCAUGUCACACUGUUACUACUACGUGAGAAAGAGGCUAAAACAAAAAGAAGUUGUACUGUACAAGCACUUUUUGAUUGGAUUUUUAAAAUGUUUUAUUUAGCUAAUUUUUAAUGUUUGUAUGCGAUGACCAUGGACUGUGUAUGAAAGAAUCAGCAAGAUGUUCGGAUGAAAUAAUUUUCAUGUUCAGAGAAAAACUUUUUACAAGCUAUGCAGUCUUAAAGUAAUCUGUGUGUACUCAUGCACUGUUGCCAUGGUUGUUAUUUGCAGAGCAAAUGUAUGUUGGUCAGCCGAGAUUGGCAGAAUAUCAGCAUGCUUUUACUUUCUGUGUAAACUGACUGCUGUAAAGUAAGGCUCUAUGGUGGCUCUGUCACAAGGAAAGGAAAAGGAAAGAAGAGAUUUUUCAUUAUAGGCCACAUCGUUCAUAAGAAUUCAGAUUUUCUGUCCUGACAGCUGACCUUUUUUGUUGUUGUUCAGGAAUCAGGUAGAUAGAAGAAAAUUCAAAACAAAGUUGUAUUACUCUGUGUGUGUGUGUGUGUGUGUGUGUGUGUGUGUGUGUGUGUGUGUGUGUGUGUGUGUUCAUACCGUACAACAUAUCAAGGGACUGCUGAUGCUGGUGGAUUCCACUAUAGUCCAGCCACAGAAAAACAUCACCAGGGAUCCAGUGUUCAGCAGACUCAUGUUCAUGUGUGUUUGCUUACACAUCGAUGCAGUUGCUUCAGUCUCCUCCCCAAUCCUUCAACCAGGUGUGGGAUGUGACUUUCUGUUCCUUCUUCUCAUUUACUGCACUUCCUUCCUGUCUUCUUUGACGAAUGCGGUGCUGAUAUUUCUCACUCACCUUCCAGUCAAUCAAAAGAAAGGACCAUGCUCAUUUACAUUCUCCAAUCGGUGAUUCAGCCACAGCAUACGCAUGCAAAUUUAUUCUAAGUGCUGCUUAAUUAUCCAGUCAGUGUGCAGUAUCAUCAUAUCACAAAAAGAGAGCAUUCAGACAACUCAUCUUUCAACAAAAAAAGCUGUAAUCAACAUGCAUAGCUAAAAUUAUGCACGCAGUGACAGAUGAAUCAGUCACUUUAAAGUGAAGCUCUUAUGUACUGUGAAGCCCUUAUGGAUCAUUACAUUACAACAAAAGGUCCUAUAAUGGGCAUUGAAAUGUUUUUCAUGAAUAAAACUCACCUCACACCCUGGUCUUUCUCAUUAUGUUCCCACUCAGUGCUGAAUUAUACAUGAUAGACUCUGAGUGCAGGUUAGCACUGAGGCUGUACGAUUCCAGUAAGAGCAAAAUCACUCACCAGUCUCAUAAUACAGAGGAAUAUGUCUAUUACAAACUAAUCAAAUGUAGUGAACCAUGUGAUCAGUUUCAGUGCUGUAAUGCC